AUGAUUUUCACCACUCUCCAACAACCAUCCAACAUGACUACUUCAUGGCCAGCUCAUACCCUGGAUGACUCCAAGUUUGAAGAUGUAUUCCAACUGGCUCAGAAAUUUGAAUUACACUGUGCACAAGUGUACAGCCAUGCCGCCACUCACCCGGACAGUGCACCUUCGGCCGACUAUGUGAUGCAGCUUGUGUCUCAGGCUUAUCGCGCGGUCCACAGUCUGCAUAUGCAGAAGAUCGCCUCGGCUUAUCUGGACUCAGGCGCUGCCGUUGCAGCGCUCGAAACCAAAGCGAAGGAAUAUCGCGACGCGUCUUCCGAUAACGAUACCCACUCAGUCGAGGCCGUCGAGGAAGAGACACCACAAGUCCCCGGCGCUGGACUGGUUGAUCUUUUGAAUGGUGAUUUCGAAGAUGAUGAGGAGGAGGACUCUGAAUGGGAAGUGUCUGAUGAAGAAACGGACGACGAAUACUACGAAUACUGCGAGGGCUCAGACUCGGACUCGAAUUCGGAUCUAGAAGAACUCGCGAGAACUUCGCGGAUUGACCUGUCUCAGCCGAUUCAGCACAACGAACUGUCCAAUGAUUCACAAGCACGAGAGCCCACAUAUGCGCCCAAAACCCAGAUGACCAUCGCAAAAGAAGAAACACCACCUCCGGUGUCUAUCACACAAGACCAAGCAAUGCACGACAGGAUCACGGCGGCGCUGCAAAAACUCACACUACCUUCGGAGGAACCUGAAGAUGUCCCACUUACCAGAGUGGAAACAUACAUCGACCCUUCGAUGACGACUUGCACCAUGUCUCCCACGCAUGAAACCCACAGGGAGCCCGAAGACGUUCCACUUACCAGAGUGGAAACAUACAUCGACCCUUCGAUGACGACUUGCGCCAUGUCUCCCACACAUGAAACCCACAGGGAAGAUAGUGCUGUGCAAAUCGAGUCGCAUCAAGAACCAAAACUUGAACAUUUUGCAACUGCGCCCGCUCACAACACGACAAAAUCCGAUGCCGAAUCAGUUGCUCUUCACCGCAAGAUAUCUAUGCGUUCGUCGCCCGGUGGUAUCUCCCGGAGGCUGAAGACCGUGUGUUACAAAUUCGCUGGAAGAGCCAUGGUACCUGUCCGUGGCAAGGUCAAUUGA